AUCCCCACCAUUUAUCACAGCUCUCGCAACUUUCGGCAAUUGGUGCAGCUCACAGUACAACCAGCCCAGAAGGUUCACCCACCACCACCUCGGCUGGCCUAGCACAUCAUUCACUAACCACCUCCCCGCCUUUGACCACAACAACCAGUGAUAAUGAUAAUAACAUCGAUGCCGGAUUUGAAAGUGAUAGUAUAUCGGUGACAGGAUCACCAAGAAAAUCGUCCUCAAUACACGAGGAUGAUGAACAGAGGAGUACUUCACCACCGUUGAAUCAAAGCGGUGGCGGCAAUGGUGGAGCAUUCACCUCGCUAAUACAACGUAAUCCAGCCUUAAGGAAAACAGAAUUAUUUUCAGGGUUUGCAUCGAAUUUUACACCGCCACAUGCCUUCAAUCCGGCAUUGGCGGCCCAGUUGUUUUUACAAAAUCCCCUGCUGCCACAGCCGAGUCAAUGGUUGUACACGCAGCUGUAUGGGAAUUAUAAUGAAUUUCCAUGGUUUCGAAGUAAUGCUCCCACACAGGCCCAGUCAAUUUUAAAUAGUGGAGUGGAAGCGGCAGCUGCUUCAACGACCGCAACGCCUACAACCAAUUUACCAGGAAAUGCAGAAGCUGCACAUGGUGUCAAUUUAAUAAAACGUUGUGUCACUCUCGUCUCACAUAGUGGUUCGGAAAUGCCGGAUCAAGCGAAAUCGCUUAAUAGUAGUAGUACUCCACCUCCGGUUACAUCUAGUCAAAGAUCUCCAUCGCCUGUGGAAACAAUCGAUUUAGAUGAUGUCAGCAAUACAUCUCGAUCGGCCAGCAGUUCAUAUGGACCCAUACGUUGCCGUACUCCGAAAGCUUCGGAUGUUUGGCGACCCUACUAGCAACUGCGCAAAGCCAUUGGCCAGGCUUUGGGUUUGAG